UUCUAGCAGGCACACAGCAAAAUCUCCACACAGAAAUACUACCAGCCAGGCAAAAGAAUGGAAAAGAGGUGAAGUGAGGGGGGAAAGCAAGCAAGCAAGCAAGAAAACCCCAGUGGGCAAAAGAAGGGGAAAGGAGAAGGGGAGAAGAAAACCCCACUGGGGCAAGAGAAAAGGAAAAGGUGUUUGUGGGGAGCGUGGAAUGCAAGAGAGGGAAAGAACCCCACAGGGCAAGAAAAGGGGGAAAGGAUAGUUGGAGUGGGCCGGUGCAAGAAAAGGAAACAACAGAAAUGGGGGGGGGAGAGCCCCACUGGGCAACAUGCAAAGGAAAGGAAACCCUACAGGGCAGGAACAGUCAGUCAGCAAUGGCAAGGGAGGAGCAACCAAGCAAACAAAUGCCCAUGUUAAGAAGGAAAACUUACAGCUUAAUCGGAAGAACAACAAACAGCCAUUUUCUCUUAGAAGAAGGGCGCUGGCUUCAACUCCUCCUUCCUCCUGUUGCAGCCACCUGACUUCCAUGACUGGCCAGAAAAGAAAAGAUGCCAGUCAAGCUGUCUGGGGGCUCCCCUAAGCAUCGCCCACCGCCCCGGGAAAAAAAGCCCGGUAGGUGUCCUUCUAGGGUUGCACAGAAGCCUUCACCUGCCUUUUGAUGCUGCAUUCCAUCAUGGGAUAAAGUUCAAACAAAGUUGCCUGCCAAGGCAGUCCCCAGCUGCAGGAUCUCAGAGAGCUCCUUUGGGCUUGGGGAGCAGCUCUUCCUCUUUCUCCUCUUCUUCCUCCUUCUCGGGAGCUGCCUGGAUGAUCUUCUCCAAUUCUUCCUUUGUGAGCUUCUCCUGAUGGGACUGGAGGAGUUCCUCUACCUCAUGUGGCUUAAUAACUUCCAGGCCUUCUCCACCAAUGGUGUGCUCAAGGUUGGUGAUCCUCUCCACCUCAUCUGCUCAGCUACAGAAGGAACAGCUGCAGCAGCAGAUGAAGAAGUUCUUCAUGGCUCCUACCUACAGCCUCCAGUGUAGACAGACUCCCCUGGCCAUGCUGGCCCUCCUAUGGGCCUCUUUGGCCUGGAUCGAGGGAAAGCCUGCAUGCCCUUCCUGUAGGAUGCCCCCUCUGGAGCCCAGUGCGGAGAAAGCCUUCCUGGUUGAAGUGGCCAAGAAGCAGAUCCUACAGAAGCUGAACCUGAGUGAGAGGCCCAACAUCACCCACCCUGUGCCCCGUGUGGCUGUGGCCAACGCCCUGCGGCAUCUGCAUAUGGGUAAAGCCCAGGUGGAUGGACUUGGCCACUUCUCCAGCUGGGAGAAGCCGGAGCUGGAUGAACAGGGGUAUGAGAUCAUCAGUUUUGCAGAGACAGAACCUUCAGGACUACUAAAGUUUCAGAUCACCCACACCAAAGGUCAAGUCAUGCACAUCCUCCAGGCCCAGCUGUGGCUGUACCUCAAGGCCCAUCGAAACAUCACGAUACAGAUCUACCUGGCAGGACCUCAGCGGGUGUCAUUGGGGGAGCAGCAGCUGGAGAGCAAGGGUAGUGGCUGGCAAACCUUCUCCCUCAUGCCAGCCAUGCAGAGCUUCUUUGAGCGUGAGGAAGCGGCCCUGCAUCUGGAGCUGCAGUGCAAAGGCUGCCAACCCAAUAUCACAGCCUUGGUGACCUCCACCAGCAGCUCUCAGCAGCCCUUCUUGGUGGUUAAGGCCAAGAUUCAGGAGCCUGGUCACCGAGUAACUAAACGCAGCCUGAGCUGUGACCAGAACUCUGAUGUGUGCUGUCGAAAAGACUAUUACAUAGACUUUCGGGACAUUGGCUGGAAUGACUGGAUCUUUAAGCCAGAGGGCUAUCAGAUAAACUAUUGCAUGGGUGAGUGCCCCGUGCACCUGGCUGGCGUGCCUGGUAUGGCAGCCUCCUUCCACACCACAGUCUUCAACUUGGUCAAAGCCAACAAUAUCCAGACUGCUGGUCGCUCAUGUUGUGUCCCCACACAGCGACGUGCCCUUUCUCUGCUCUACUUUGACCCCAACAGCAACCUGAUCAAGACGGACAUUCCUGACAUGGUUGUCGAUGCUUGUGGUUGUAGCUAAGGACAGGAUAAUGGCCACAAGGAAACCUGAAAGGGGAGGAGGAAAAUAUGUGGCAAUUUCCCUCCACUCCCAUUAGACAGUCAUGGUGCUCCAGUACAAGUUGGGAGCACAGUGCACACUCUCUUCAGAGAGCAACAGGGAUUUCUGCAUAGGAAAGCAGACCAUAAAUCAUCUUGCCUUCCUCCAAGUACCAUAAAGCAAAGAAAGAGGACAAGGCAAAGCGAGGACAGUGUCUUUCAGGCCUGCAAUGCUGUUUGCAUUCUGGUCUUCCUCUGGGGGUGGGCAAGUGAUAGCCCUUCUGAGCCCCCACCCUACACCCCCCCCCCAGUAAAUUCGGUUUGUAGCCUUCAUGCUAGGACAGAUGCCACUUGGGGGAAAGUCAGCAAAACAUACCACCACCACACCCGGAGUAUGGAGGCCUACAGACACAACACACACCUACCUAUCUCAUUUCGGUUCCAAGGUCCAAUUUUGAUGCACUCAGAUUUCCAGAAUAUAAUUGGAGAGAAGUCAAGAAAGUUUACCACUUCAGACCUGACCAGUUGGAUACAUGGGGACAGAAUUAUGGGUGUUUGGCUUGAAAGGCAAAUUUCAAUGGUGCAUAUUGUUAAGAAUCUCAUUGUUUCUCAGCCAUUGAUUGAGAACCACUCUCAGUCAUCAAAUCUCAUUGUUUCAUAAGAAUCUCAAUGGUGCAUAUUGUUAAAAAUCUCACUGGACUUGAACUGUGUUCUAAUCUGUCUCCUCCAAUGGACCAAGAAACAUUUUACUUGGGAAAGCCUGCACUUGGGUAUGCAUAAAAGGGGGAGACCAAAUGUCCAGUUGGUAAUACUGACAUCAAAAGAGCUCCUUGAUACUGUUUUGCCUUUUAUAUUUUUGUGUGUGUUUAUUGCACAUAUAUUAAUGUAUAUAUCUAUAUUAUUAUAUUUUUGAAUGACAUCCAAAAUAAAAAUGUGUUUUUAAAAAUGCA